AUGGCUGAGUUGACAAACGAGCUUCGAAGGUGGAGUGGUCGAGAAGAGGAGAUGGCGAACAGGGCGGACGAAGAUGUUGGCCGAUUUAAUGCAGAACAACGAGCGUUGUACGAUGCGGUGUUGAGUGCAGUGAUGGAUCAGAGGCCACUGCGCCUGUUUGUUGACGGGAAGGCGGGCACAGGAAAGACGACGGUGGUUCGAGCAUUGUGCAACAGGCUCAGAUCGAUGAGGCGGGUGGUCCUGCCCACAGCAACACCAGCAUUCGCUGCUCAGCUGUACGAAGGUGGUCGAACAACACAUUCUACAUUCAAGGUUCCAGUGAAUGAAUCCAACGAGAUGUUGGUUGCUGGCAUCACCGCUGGCGACUCUCGCUCCGAGUUGAUUGAGAGUGCGGCGAUGAUUGUGUGGGACGAGGCGCCGAUGGCCAACCGAGCAGUUCCAAGCUGUGUGAACGAUGUUCUGUGUGACAUUAUGGCGACGGACGAACCAUUUGGAGGGAAAGUCAUCAUUCUGCUGGGAGACUUCCGUCAAACUUGCCCCGUCAUUCGUCGAGGCUCCCGUGCAGAGGUUGUUGAGGCGUCCAUAAAAUCUUCACCACUGUGGAGAUACUUCACAAUCCAUCGACUGAUCCACCCAAUCCGUAAUGCUGAGGAUCCAGACUUCGCGGCGUUCGUUAACUCAAUUGGCGACGGAGCAGGACCGGACAUACCUUUGCAAAACCUGGCCAUAGCAGCAGACGAAGACCACAUGUGCAAUUUCGUCUUCCCAAACGGUGUUCUAGCCGAUCCCCGCCGAUGUGUACUGCGCGCCAUCCUUGCUCCGACAAAUCGACAGGUAGAUGCGUAUAACGACCGAAUGCUGGAUCGACUUCCUGGGGAUCGCAAGCGUUACUUCGCCGCAGAUAAGAUCAAGGAGUCCGAGGAAGCUGACCUACCUCCACCCGAAGGAAUCCUUGACUAUGUCAUGCGCAACAACCUGCCAGGCAUCCCUCCCCACUCAAUAUCGUUGAAAGUGGGCGCCGUGUGCCGACUCCUCCGCAAUUUCUCAAUUGAUCGAGGAUUGGUGAAGAACAUCCGAGUGGUGGUUACAGGCCUUGGAACGUGUUUGAUAUCAGUACGGGUUCUUAACGACAUGAACAUGGCUGGGGCUGAGGAGGUGUUGAUCCUGAGAAUUACGUUCGAAUACUUCCUCCAUUCAGGGCAUACACUGGCUCGACGACAAUUUCCUUUCGCGCCCACCUACGCUACAACGUUCAAUAGCUGUCAGGGCCUAACUUUAGAUCGCGUAGGAGUUGACCUCACCUGUCCAGUUUUCUCCCAUGGGCAGUUAUACACUGCAAUGUCGCAUAUCCGGAAUCGCACACAUGCUGUUUUCCGGUUACCUGCAGGUGCUACUUCGACGACAAAUGUAACCUAUCACGAGAUAUUAGCGUAA